UAAGGAGGUGCCCAGCGCCCGGCUGCUGCUUCCCCGCCGCAGCUCGCAAGGUGAAUUUCCGCGGCAGCAGCCGGGGGAGCGGGCUGGGCUCGGGCACUGCUGCCGGCGCUCGGAGCGGCUCCUCCAAAGGCCGCGGAGGAGGGUCCCUCGGCCGCCCCGGCUCCGGCCCCCUUCCCCCGGAGCGCCUGGAUGCUGGAUGGAGUAAAUGAGCGGAGGAAGAGGGGGCGCACAGAGACUGAGAGGCGCUCGGAGACCGGGACCGGGGGAGACAGGCGGGAGGCUGGCUUCCCCCUCCGGGGCUGAACAUGGAUUCCCGAGCCCUCGGGGGCUCCGCUCUGCUGCUCUUCAGUUUUUGGCACCUGGGAUUAACCGCACCAAAUUAUAAUUGUGAUGAUGCAUUGGUAUCUCCCUUACCUUCAGCAGCCCUUACCAGUUCCUCUGAGCUCUUCAGUACUCACAGUCCCAGCUUUGCAAAGCUCAACAGGCGAGAUGGAGCUGGUGGUUGGUCCCCACUGGACUCAAAUGAGCAGCAGUGGCUCCAGGUUGAUCUGGGAGACAGAGUGGAGAUUGUCGCAGUCGCUACCCAGGGCAGGUACGGGAGCUCAGACUGGGUGACCAGCUAUACACUGAUGUUCAGCGACACCGGCCGCAACUGGAAACAGUACAGACAAGACGACGCCAUCUGGGUUUUCACUGGGAACAGCAACGCUGACAGUGUGGUUCACCACAAAUUCCUGCACUCCGUGAAAGCCCGCUUCUUGCGCUUCGUCCCUCUGAAGUGGAAUGUUGGUGGGCGGAUAGGACUGAGAGUUGAGGUCUUCGGCUGCUCCUAUAAGUCAGACAUUGCAGACUUCGAUGGCAGAAGUUCACUUCUCUACAGGUUCAAUCAGAAGCUUAUGAGCACAUUCAAAGAUGUGGUUUCCUUGAAGUUCAAGAGCAUGCAGGGGGAUGGAGUGUUAUUCCAUGGAGAAGGACAGCGUGGAGACUACAUUACCUUGGAACUGCAGAAAGGGAAGCUCUCCUUGCACAUCAGCCUCGGGGACUCCAACCUGCACUUCAGUAACAGCCACAUGUCCGUCACCCUGGGCAGCCUCCUGGAUGACCAGCACUGGCACUCGGUUCUCAUAGAGCGCUUCAACAAGCAAGUGAACUUCACGGUGGACAAGCACACCCAGCAUUUCCGAACGAAGGGGGAUUCAGAUCACUUGGAUAUUGAUUAUGAGCUCAGUUUUGGAGGGAUUCCUGUCCCGGGGAAACCAGGAACAUUUCAGAGGAAAAACUUCCAUGGGUGCAUUGAGAACCUUUAUUACAAUGGAGUCAAUAUAAUUGACCUGGCAAAAAGGCGCAAACCUCAGAUCUAUACUGUGGGGAACGUGACCUUUUCCUGCUCAGAACCACAAAUUGUUCCUAUCACCUUUGCCAGUGCCAGUCAAAGCUACUUGCUACUACCCGGCACUCCUCAAAUUGAUGGUUUGUCAGUCAGCUUCCAGUUUCGAACAUGGAAUAAAGACGGCUUACUUCUGUUCACUGAAUUGUCUGAAAAUUCGGGACCUCUCUUGGUUUACCUUCAUAGUGGGAGAUUGACACUACUUAUUCAGAAAGAGACUGAGAACCCAGUGGAAAUCAGUGAAGGCACCAAUCUCCACGAUGGGCUUUGGCAUUCUGUUAACAUCAAUGCCAGAAGACAUCGCAUUACCCUGACACUGGAUAACAAUGCUGCCACUGCUAGCCAUGCAACCACUGUCUCAAGGAUCUACUCUGGGAACAGCUACUAUUUUGGAGGGUGCCCUGACAAUUUCACCGAUUCCCAAUGUUUAAAUCCCACUACUGCUUUUCAGGGCUGUAUGAGGCUCAUCUUUAUUGAUAACCAGCCCAAGGACCUCAUUUUAGUUCAGCAAGGCUCCCUGGGGAAUUUUAGUGAUUUACACAUUGAUCUGUGUGGCAUCAAAGACAGAUGUUUACCCAACUACUGUGAACAUGGAGGAAAAUGCUCUCAGUCCUGGACCACCUUUUACUGCGAUUGUAAUGAUACAGGCUACAUGGGAGCUACCUGUCAUAACUCUAUCUAUGAACAAUCUUGUGAGGCUUACCGACACCAAGGGAAGACGUCAGGUUUCUUCUACAUCGAUUCUGAUGGAAGUGGACCACUUGGACCACUCCGUGUUUUUUGCAAUAUAACAGAAGAUAAGAUCUGGACUGCAGUGCAGCACAACAACACAGGGCUAACCAGAGUCCAAGGGGCUGAUCCAGAGAAGCCAUACACCAUGUCCUUUAACUACAACAGCAGUGUGGAUCAGCUUGAAGCCAUGAUAAACAGUGCGGAGUACUGCGAACAGGAGGCAGCCUACCACUGCAAAAAGUCACGUCUCCUGAACACCCCGAAUGGAAUGCCAUUUGCUUGGUGGGUUGGCCGUGCCAAUGAAAAGCACCUUUACUGGGGAGGAUCUCUUCCAGGCAUUCAACAGUGUGCAUGUGGACUGGAAGAAAGUUGUCUGGAUAUGAGAUAUUUUUGCAACUGUGAUGCAGAUAGAGAAGAAUGGACAAAUGAUACUGGCCUCCUUGCUUUCAAAGACCAUUUGCCUGUAACUCAGAUAGUGAUCACUGACACAAACAGAUCAAAUUCUGAGGCUGCUUGGAAAAUCGGCCCUUUGCGUUGCUAUGGAGACAGGCAGUUCUGGAACGCUGCUUCCUUCAACACAGAAGCCUCCUACCUGCACUUCCCCACCUUCCACGCCGAGGUCAGUGCAGACAUCUCCUUCUUCUUCAAAACCACUGCCAUCUCCGGGGUGUUCUUGGAAAACCUUGGGAUUAAAGACUUCAUACGAGUUGAAAUACGCUCCCCCAAAGAGAUCACCUUCUCCAUAGAUGUUGGGAAUGGCCCUACAGAAGCCACUGUGCAGUCUCCCACACCCCUGAAUGACAACCAGUGGCACUACGUUCGAGCAGAGAGGAACCUCAAGCAAACCUCCCUCCAGGUGGACAGCCUCCCCAAGAAGGUCCUGGAGGCACCUGCUGAGGGGCACUUCCGCUUACAGCUCAACAGCCAAUUAUUUGUAGGGGGAACAGCUUCCAGACAAAAGGGCUUUUUGGGGUGUAUUCGAUCUCUGCAUUUAAAUGGACAGAAACUUGACCUUGAAGAGAGAGCUAAAAUGACACCUGGUGUUAAACCUGGAUGUCCAGGACAUUGCAGCAGUUAUGGUAACCUGUGCCAUAAUGGAGGAAAAUGUGUGGAGAAGUAUAAUGGUUACUCCUGUGAUUGUACCAACUCAGCCUAUGAGGGACCUUUCUGCAAGGAAGAGGUUUCUGCAUUAUUUGAAGCCAGCACUUCAAUUACCUAUAUUUUCCAAGAACCUUAUCCUGUCACAAAAAAUGCAAGCACCUCAAGCUCUGCCAUUUAUGCGGAUGCUGUCAUGUCCAAGGAAAAUAUUGCAUUUAGCUUUCUCACGGCACAUACUCCAAGCCUUCUGCUGUACAUCAAUACCUACUUUCAUGAAUAUUUGGCUGUGAUUCUCUCCAAGAAUGGAAGUUUGCAGGUCCGAUACAAGCUGAGUAAGGAUGGGCUCCUCAUUUUCACCAUUGACUCUGGAAAUUUUGCCAACCGAGAGCUGCACCAUGUGAAGAUUAAUAGAGAAGGUAGAGAACUUGUCAUUCAGGUUGAUCAAGUUCUCAAACUCAAACACAACUUUUCUGAGAUUGAUUUUAAGGCCAUCAAAUCACUCACCUUGGGCAAGGUCACAGAUAGUUUGUCACUGGACCCUGAAAUCUCAAAGGCAAAUGCCCAUGGUUUCACUGGCUGCCUGUCCUCUGUUCAGUACAACCACAUUGCUCCCCUGAAAGUUGCCUUACGCCAUCCCAGCAUUGCUCCUGUGACUGUCAAAGGCUCUUUGACUGAAUCCAGCUGCGUGUCCAUAAUGGAAGCUGAUGUGAACACAGUAACCUCAAUAUAUUCCUCAUCAGAUCCAUUUGGGAAGACAGAUGAAAGAGAACCUCUCACCAAUGCAGUCAGAAGUGAUUCAGCUGUGAUUGGAGGUGUAAUAGCAGUUGUGAUAUUCAUCAUUUUUUGCAUCAUUGCCAUCAUGAGCAGAUUCCUCUAUCAGCACAAACAGGCACAUCGAAGUAGCCAGACAAAAGAGAAGGAAUACCCGGAAAACCUUGAGAGCUCCUUUAAAGCUGACAUUGACUUGCAGAACACAGUGAGCGAGUGCAAACGGGAAUAUUUCAUCUGAUGGACAAUGCAAUUUCUUCUUACUCUUGUUCCCCCCAACCUUCCUUCCUUUAUUCCUUUCUUCCUUCCUUUUUGCUUUUUGUAGUUGUUUUUUUUUUUUUAAAAUGUUCAUUUUUUGCUAAAUUCUUUUUCAUUUGGAAAAGACCGCCCUGCACAGGAAACACUGACAACAAUCACAGUGCCUCAUUCUCUGCACAAGAACCUGGCAGUCACAGUUUACUUCUGCAGCUCAAGAGACCUAUUAUCCCACUAUACACAAAAUAAGACCCACAUGCACACCUGGUUUCUGCUGUGGGUUCCUGGAUGUUUCAAAGUCCCUACAUUUAUUUGUGUUCCUCUUUGGAGCCAUUUAAUUCAUCACUUUAACACUAGAGCUAGACUAUGUAAAUUAGAGGUAAAAUAGCUGAAAAUGUAGCUCUGCAGAUACUGGGACAGGAUAGAGGGAAAGAAUAAAACCAAAAUGCCUGAUUUAUUUUACAGGCUCAUUUACAACAAUCAUAAGGAACCGACCAAAUUCUCAAAUUAUAUUAAUUGGUAUAUAUCUAUUGUUUUCAAUGGUGUUACAUUAAUUUAUACUAGUUGAGAAGCUGGUAUGGCGUAAGGAAAAAUAAAACUGUCCUCAUUAAGCUCCUUCCCCCAACCUCCUGUCCUUUUACUGUAACUUAUAGGCUUAUCAGUACUUUUCCAACAAUAUAUGUAUCAACAAUAAAUGUCAUUCCUGUGCACCUCUUUCACCUCCAUUUCAUAAGGCUGGCCAUGUAGACCCAACAUACUCUAGCAUAACUCUAGCUGAAGCAUGGAAAAUAGUAGCUUGAAUCUCCAAGGGUUUUAGGAAGCUGCUAGGACUUAGGUGCUCUAUAUUUGUCUGAAAUGUUAGAAAUGCAGCAUAUACCUGUUCAUGCCAUAUGGAGGAUUAUCAUGCACUGAGGUUAAACACUGUUGCCACUGUGGCAAAGAAAAAGUACAUAGACAAGAAAAAAAAAAUUAAUCUCAAACGAGUCACACCUUCUGCCACUUCUAAAAAAAAUCCAACUACUCAAAACCCUCCCCUAAAACUGCAUGAAAGAUUGAAUGGUAUUUCCCGUUUGUAGAAGUUUAGAAGUUAGAGUAUCUUCUCCAAAUCUAAAUAGAGAGGUCUCAUGUCACAUCCAAAAAUGUUAAUAUUUAAUCAACCCUGUUUCCAAGGAAGAACAUUAAGGAAAACAGUUAAAAAAGAUCCCAAAUACUCUACUUUGAAUUAAUCUUCUCUCCUGUUUUUCUAAAGUCUUCUGUCUUUUCCUGAUUGGGAACAAUACUGAAGAUUGAAAACCUGCCCAUUUUAUUUGUGCUACAUAAUUUCAGUGUGAGGCUGAAAAACAUUCUUUCCAGUCACAGACAUCCUAAGGGUAAGAAAUAGAGAAGUCCCACCAGGGGAGGUUUAUCACACCUCGCUUGUGUCUGUGUGACAUACGGCCCUUGCAGGGCUUUUGAAGAGUAUGUGGAAUUUGCUGUCAGACUUGAAGGUUUCUGACAGGAGUUGAAUCAUUCCAACAGCUAAGAAAGAAAAUCUUAUUUAUUGCAGUACUCUUGGUAAGAAUUAAUUUGAGACAAUUAAUUGUGCAGCUGAAUCUCUUUCUUUGCCCCCGACAUCCUUCUGCAGUCAUCCUGGGGUUUCCUCAUGGUGAUCCUUUUUACAUAGAUUAAAAUCAAAGAAUCCUAGUAUGAGGUAAUGACCCACAGCAAACUAGAGAUGAAGUUACACAUGCAACAGUUGUUAUUCUUCCAGGAAGUGCAUUGCAAAGGUAUGUAUCUGGUUAUUUUUUUUUUUGAUGGGAGGAGGGGAAAGACAAGGAAGAAUAAAUAAAUGCCAUCUUGGAUAUGGUGAUUCUUCACCACUUCUUUUGGAAGACUUUAAUAGAAGUAGUGUCUGGUAAAGAGAAAACAACCUUGGAAUGAUAUCGCUCUCACGUGAAGAGGAAUAUGUGAGGCCAGCCCCAUAACCAGAACUCUACCCGAGCAAUUUUAUAAAGCCAUUUAUAUUGAAAUUAGUAUUGGUGCCAUUCUUCCUCAACCGUGGUCAACAACAGCCCUUUUGCCUCAUUCUGGCUGUUUGCAUGAUACAUGAUUACUUGAGAGUGUUUCUGCAUGAUGGGAUGUGUAACGAUGACUCAUUAGCCGCAUUCCCUUUAUGUUGCUAUAUCUUUUGUGGUGAAAUCUUGGCAGAGCAAUUCUCCUCCCCUUCCUUCCUUUCUUCCCACUCUCCCUCCUUCCCUCCCUCCCCCCCCCCUUCCCCCUGAUAAAGCUGCUUUGUUUGGCAUGGUGGGAAGGGAGGAAUAAGUGAGUGCAUGGGCUCCUCUGCCCAUGUAUUGAGUCUUCUUAUCUGAAAUUACCUCUGUAUGAGACAUUUCUGAAGUCCUAAUGUACUUAAUUGGCUUUAUGAAGAAUGGAAUAGGAAGGAGGGGAAAGCUCACAGGUGUGUAUUUUUCUCUAGCCAAACCAACAAAUACAGAUCAUCCUGCUUUCCUACAUGUUAUUUUCCAGGAAUAAAAUUACUACAAAGUGCAACAAUAAAGUGCAGAGCAGCUCCGACAGUAGAGUAGCUGGCAAGGGAGACUGAGCAAUGAAGCAGAGUCCUCUCAUUUCUCAAGUGACUAAAUUCCUUUCAGACAUCUUGGGGCCUGAUUCUGCAAGACACUGAGCUUUCUCAGUGAUGAUCAAUUUCCCAUCACCAAAUGUAGAUGCUAGUGUUGCUUCACAUAGUUCAGACACAUCCCAGUGGCUGAGUCCUAGGCCAGAGAGCAGGUGUAAGUGGCAUGCUGUGUGCAAGCCUGGACCUGGCAAAACAGUGUAAGUGUUUUCUUUGUCUAUUUUCCCUUAUCCUCACUUGCUAUAGCCCAGGCUGGUAAAACCCCUUGAAAAUUUAGCUGCGUUGGUGCGCAUCUGUAAAAAGAAAGAACUGCACAUACAUAAAUGCAUGCAUAAUUAUACAGAAACACGUGCAUCUAUACUUAUGGAUGUAAUGAGAUGUGAAUAUUUAUAUGCUACAGGGCUGGACAAAUGAACACAUUUGUAUGGACUUGCCAUUUAAAACCCUAUCGUCUAAAUCAGGGUGUCAAUAGUCGUCUUAUUAAAUGAUAGCUAAAAGAUACGAUAUGAAGUACCCUACUACUAACCCUUUUUUUUUUCUUUUUUUUGUUACAAUGCUUUCUUUAGUGAGGGCAUCAUCUGAUUUACUUCAGUACCAGUUAAAGGCAAUUAAAAAUGUUUUAUAAAAAAGAGAAGAUAUGCAAUUUUGCAAAAAUCUACUACUGUUAAAAUUGGUUUCAUUUUCCACAGGUCAAAUUAUACCUUUUUCCGCAUCUAUUACAAAUAAUUUCUGCUAUUUUUGUUACAAUCGCUCUUUAAAUAGGGCGGGGUCUUUCCUUUUGCUUUUAGCUAUCAUUAUAGGUAACAUUUUUGAGUAAACAUGAGGGACAAUACUUUUUAGACAUAAAAUGUCAGGAUUUAUUUUAAUGGGAAAACCUGAGAGUAUCAAAUUGUUUGGAGGCGUUGUUUGAGUUUUCUUCCUUCUCCAAAGACAAGUUUAAUAACAAAAGUAAAGGGCUGUUGGAGGAUACCGAGUCUUUUUUUUCUCUUGGUGAUAUGGUAUGUAACCUUUGAAAAUUAUUAUUGCUAGGCAGUGAUUUUUGGAUAUGGAUUUAGGUGCUGCAAAUUCUAGUUUUCCAGACAUGACUUGGCCAAUAACUGCCAUGUUUAUAAAGAUAUUUAGUCAUGCAAAGUCCAAGUUGGAUGCCCAGAAGGUCUGUCUGAAAACCCUGGUGUCUGGUUAUAGCAAAGAAAUGAAGUCUGUCUGUCGGAAAGCUAAAUCCCACUAACUUUCAGUAAGACACAGGCUGCCACCUGAGUGAAGUGUAGGCUUUCAAAGGAAUUUAGCCUCCUGAGGAUGUGGAUCAAUGCUUAAGUGACUAAACAAGAUGAGCACUGACGCUAAUUUCAGUUGGAUUUCUGCUUCUGCCUUGCUGUGAAAUGUUUUAAAAUACUACAAGACAUUUAAAUACCUUUGAAAAUUGAGUCCCAUAUCUCUUCUGUAAAUAAAAUGUUGGUCCUAAGUAAGUCACCUGUGUAAUUUGCUAUAAGUAUUUCAUCUGUCCUUAUUCACUUAUUAGAGACAAGGUCAUGUGAGUAUUUUGAGGAAAUUUUUAACACAUACACUUUUUUUUCUUAUUCUUGUUCUAGCCAUGGCACAGCACUUAGGGUAUAUCUGCAGUGAAAACAAAGCCAAACAAAAGACAGGCUUUUAAUUCACAUUGGCUUAACCAGGAUUCUCAUCUGGGUGAACACAGCUGACAAAACAAGCCAUUUAGGGCUGUAAGGUUAUCAGAUUGUAUUCAGUCAUGAGAUUCCCCUAGCAUUUAAGUUAAAACUGAUGGCCAGAAUUCAGAUAUGAAAUGCUUUCUCUCUGCUUUAUUUUAACCUGACCGUGCCAGACUUAACCCAUCCUAUUUAGCAAUUGCUCAGUUUUUACAGUGUAAGCCAAACCCUUAUUUUAAUGAGUUGUUAGUCUAUAUUAGCAUUUAGCUGAUCACAUAUUUCACAUAUUGGGUGAGGAGCAAUCAAUACAUCAUAUAGUUUCACUAUGGUGAGGAGAUAUGAAUCUUCUCCUAAUGAAGUCAGCUAUUGAUUUUGCUCGGCAUAAGAUUGAGUCCUAGACCUAAGGAAACACUUGAAGAUUGCUUUUAUCUGCAUGUUUUGGGUUUGUUUCAUUUUGCAUUUUGUUUGAAAGACUACCUGUUUUACACUUGUCAUCCAGUCCUGUCCUGUGGUCAGUGAGGACAGUGCAAAUGUCUCAGAUAUCUUUUAAGAUUAAAUGAAUCACUCUUUAGAAAUGUGUCUUUCUUUCCAUUGAUAAUAGAGACAGGGUAGGCUCCUGGCAAUAGGUUAGCUACUUCUAGCAGAAUUUGCCUGCAUCUAGGAAUCUUACACUAGUCUUGUAGCUCCAGUAAAGACAUCUGUCCAGGUCUCAAAGGAGGCUUGUUUUUUAUUUAGAUGUCAGCUGGGAUCAAAGAAGGACACCUCCUUGCAUCUAAAAUUACACUAUAUAUCUCUGCUUAGGAAAUGCAUGUGUCUACUUAUAGCUAAAUGCAUGAAAAUCAGGUGUCAAAGCACACAUUUGAGUUGGUGGCCAUCCGAUCGGUAAUCUGUGGGGUCUGGGAGAGUAUAUAGCUCUCCUUCCAGUCUAUUCUAGAUCCAAGAUCCAUUCAUUGCCUUGUGUGGGAGCUUUGGUAGAUAGCAUACAUGUAGACAGUCCACACAGAUUUCAUAAUCAAAAGCUAACUCAGACCCCUAAGAUGCCUUUCUAGGCCUGUGUGUCUGGCACCAUUUGAGAUGAACUAGAGUAUGUCUGCAGCUCCAGUAAGGAUGCAAGUCUCUUGUCUGUCACAUCUUGUAUCUGCUAGCCCCAAGCAGAUAUGUCUGAUACCUGUUGGCUUUCCAAAUUACAGUAAGUGCCCAUCCAGAACCCCUAAGUUCUUGAUGAGAUGAAUCCCUGAACAAAACCCCAUCUUCAGAAUGAAAUCAACCUUACUUUACAUCAGCAUAAGCCAGUCAGUCCUUCACCUCAGCUUAACAAGAGUGUAGUAGGAGACAGGAUUUGACCACUUUGUGCUCCACUAUUGUCGUUGUAGUUUGUUGACAUCGCCUACACAAAAAUUACACUGAAGACGACCAGUUUCAAGUAUUGCUCUGCACUGCCAGCUUUCACAAAAGGGUUUUUGUUGUUGUUUGUUAGUUUUUUUCAGAAAGCAACACUUUGUAAAAGAAUUGAGCAAAAUAUGAGACCUUGUGAGUCUCUCUAAGGCAAGUGCUAUUUUAAAGCUUUCAUGCAGUUUUGUAAUGCCUGCUUAUUAAACAAGCCAAGUGAUACAGUUACAUGCCUGCCAAACCAAUGGCCUUACCCAGAGUCUUUUGAGGUUGGUGGGAGGCCUCUUCGUUUACUGCUGUUAGAGUUGCACCGUGCCCUUGGGGUUUCUGGGGGUUUUCUUCACAAGUUACUAUCACAGCUUCAAAGCAUCAUUUGCUCCCUUUGGUUCUGCACUUUGUUGUUCUUCCCUUUCCAAUGAAGAGUUCUUCAUGUUCCCAUUUGGUGUGGGCGGCCCCCUCCUCUGUGCUCCUUUUGUACUUGAAACUUCUGAACACAUUCUUCUUUUGGGUCUGAAAUAGCUUUUUUUCUUUGAUUGAUUAUUUUGAGUCAUGCAUAUAGCAGUUUGGAUAUUUCUAUGUAUUGGUACUUAUUUUUGUGAUCUUUUGCACUAAGUUACUCUGACAAAAACAAAAACUGGAAAAAAAAAAAGCACACUUUCUGGUGAACUAUUGUAAUUUGUAAGCUCGUUGUUUGUUGUUUGUAAGGUACUGAGUCUACAAGCCGAGCUAAGGAAGGAUUAAGGCAACAGUUUGUCUUAACAGUGUCACUCCAUAUCUAGUUCACCUCUGUUUUCUUUUUCUCUUCUUUUUUAUUUAACAUGCGGGACUAUGAAAUUGGUAGUAGGAGGCAGAGGAACUUGUGGUACAAUUGUAGAAAUAAUCAAGGUUAUGAUUUUUCUCCCGGCAGUUACAGAAACCAGAAAUUCAAAGAAAUCAUGUGGAUCUCAAAAUAUCAGCUGGGUGUUCAGCCAGAAGGGAGCCUGCACUCCACCCUGGAGAUGUAGUCACCUACAGGUGGUGACCUAUAAGGGCAAAUGAGAACAUUAACUCUCCAAAUUAAAAUUGCGAUAAGGCAGCGCAGGAGGCAGAAGCUCUCAGAGAGGUUAUGCUGUUUGAAACUAAGCAUGGUAACCCCCAGGUGGAUAUAAGGGUUUCAGGUCUUUUUCCACAAUCCACUUUUUCCAUGGAAUGAAUUACUAAUAAGCCUGCCAAAAAAAUAUAGCCUUAAUUGUCCUGAUGAUCUGUAAAGUAUCAGAGAUGUGCUUCAAACAUGGGAGAGGAUUUCAAACCUCUGGCUGAUACUAAUCCAGAUCUCUCCAGUUAGAUCACUGGAGCUCUCCCUGAUACCCUAAAGAACUGGGGAUGAUUUCCCUCAAAUGAUCAUAGCAUUUAAUGAAAUGUUGUGUACAACAGGUGAUCUAAAGAAUGGUGUUUUCUUAGAGACUCUCAUCUCCUCAUCCCUUCCUGACUUAGGAUGCUUGUGGCAGCUUUUUUCUAAACUACUGACUGCUGUUCACAUUGCAACACCAUUUGCUUCUUGUCAUUACUCUCUUCAUGGAUUUUAAUCCCACAACCCUAAAGAAAUAUGAUUUCUGCAUGGGAAAUUAUUUACUCACUUUUGCAUGCCAUAGCCCUUUACACAGUUCCUUCUUGCAUCAUUUAGGCAAACCAUUUUCUGACAUGUUUUGUCAUUGCUGCUAACACUGAGCACACAAAUCAUUAAGAAAGAAAAGUGAUUUCUGCUGAGGAAAAGCAUAGAUACAGCUGAGUUGCAGCCUCACAUCCCACUCACAACACAGAGGAGUACUUGGACACCCAAGCCCACUCCAUUAAAUUUCAGAUAGAGGUUAGGAGAACAAGCAGGUACAUGUUGUUUGAGGCAUCCAGACAUAAAAAUCCCUAUGCUGUGAGUUUUGCAAAUGAAAUAUUUAACAUAGACCAUUAUAUCUAAAUAAUAGCAAGAAGCUAAACACUGUAGUACCUGACCUGCUUUGAAAUCCACUUCGUGAAAGAAACAGAGCCAGCUUCAGACCUCGUCAUAAUCCUGUUGAGGUCAAUGUAGAUACAUCAUAGAUUAAUUUAGCCUUGGAUUGCCCUAGGCAAGGGCAAACUGGGGCUGACAUAUAUGAAUUCAAGUCAGGACCUUAUAUUCAUCAUCCCUUACUGCUGUCAACAGGAGUUGCAUUCACUACAAUUAUGUGUUCCUUCUAGCAGAACUGUGGAUAAAACUUGGGAAUAAGGCAAUGAACUUCAGCUCCACUUAAGCCCAUGACAUGGCUUAAGUCACCUUCAGGAGUUUCUGGAAACGUGUGUAGGGAGAAGGGUCAUCUGUGGGUGGUCUGUUGCCAACCAACUUGUGAGCCCACCCACUGACUUUGAUAGGAUUUUAUGGGAUUUUAAUGGAGUUCACCCCUAGGUGGACUGUAGUGAACUGUAUCCUACUUGAAAAAUGAAGGCACCCUAAAAAGCUAAAAAAAAAAAAAGGUAAAAGGAGCAGCUUUACUGGCUGCGAAAGCUAGCUGAGAUUAAAUACUUACAAUAAUAAAAAUUUGACUCUUUCUUCAUCAUUCAUUUUACUUUUUUCUGCUCAAAUUAUAUUAAAUAAAUCUCUCAGAACACUGCUCAUUUCAGUAGCAAAGCAAAAAGAAAAAAUUUUUUUUUUCUUUUAAUGGACCGUCCAAGGGUAAUGCAAGAGUCUCUCAGUUACAGUAAAAAGCAAAAUGGAGAUUUAGAUUAUUCCCCUUUCACUAUCUGGUUUUCUAAAGAGAAUUCCACAGGACGUUGCCUCAGUCCACGUCAGUUUUGUAGACAAUGUAAUAUGUCUUAAUACACUGUUAGGGGACUGAAAAAAUUUAGCCUUAGCUUCUUCUGUUUUCUAUGGUUACUGUUGUACAAAAGAAAGACUUAAACUGUAAAUAAUGUAUAUUUAAUAAAAAGAGACUUUUUGUAUGAUUUUG